AUGAAGUCAUUUUGGGUUUUCCUACUGCUAGCAGCCGUGUCAGUGGUUCUGGCGGAAGAGAGGCAGAAGCCGAAGGUGGUUCACUCCGCGCCGGCGGCUUCAGUUGGGCCGCUGGGCGACAGUGUGGCCAGCCCGACGACCGUGACCGAGUACAAGAAGACCAUCAUCCGGAAGCCGAAGCGCUCGAACGGGGAAAUUCCGCUGCUCAUCAUCCGGCCGGUGGAGAAGCGGCGCAAGGUGUACUUCAAGGAGCCGACGGUGAAAAUUGCGUCCGGCGGUGUGGCCACGUAUGGCACGUAUCCUGAACUACAUACGAGUGACGGGGAGAUGUUCACCCUCGAGCACAUGCUGCCCAUCCUCAGCCUGGAGGGUAUGCUGAAGGGUUUCCCCAAGCACGGUGCCCCGGUCAGCCACAACCACUUCGUGCCGUCGCCGCAGUUCAAGCCCUCCGACAUCCAUCAUCUGCUGGCGCCACAGAAAACGAAGGAAGAGUACCACCACCAGCUGGCGUUUGGGAACGACAAGACGCCCUCCGCGCUGAAGCCCAGCCAGCUGCUGUCCGUCUCGCACAAGCCGUCGGAAGCGAUCCCGGCCCAGGCGCUCCCAUCGCCGCCCCCGCCCAACUACGUACCGGCCGUAAAUUCCGAAGUCCAACUACUGAAACUUGGUCAACCACAACCUUCCUUCUCAUCCCUGGUUUCACCGCAGGACAAGCCGGCCUUCGUCAAGCCGGAGCAGCUGCCGGCGAGCUUCAACUUCAAGGUGCAGCAGCAGGAGGAGGUCAGCCACUACAAGGUGAACGCGAUCCCACUGUCGAAGCCAUCGCCGGGCGACCAUCACCAUCACCACUACCAGGCUCACCAUCAUUUCCCGUCCGGUGGAGCAACCAGCUACGUCGGCAGUCAGGCCGAGGCGUCCAAGUUCAGCAAACCGCAAGCCGCCCCGGCGGCCUUCCACCAUGUGCAGUCGCCGGUGGGCGAACACCAGUGGCACGAGGUGCCCAAGAAGCUACCCCAAGUGUCCGUGUCGACCAACUACUACAACCCGAAGACGAUCAAUGCCGAGCAGGAGCAUGCUCAGAAGCCUUUCGCUAACCAGGCGACACCAUCAUCUACGCCGACCGUUCAGACGCACCUGAGCUACUACUUCCCCAAGGAAGAGUCCGCUCCACAAUCGCACCAGGUCCAGCACUCGCCAACCUCCCAUGGCGGACAUCCACAUCAGGCGACCUCGUACAGCAACGUGCAGGCUGGAGGAACCACUGGUGAGCAGAUCGAAUAUGUCGUCCAAAAGGCUCCGUCCGUGGUGGACUCACCGGCCGAAAAGCCACUCCACAAGACGUACAGCUCGCACAUCAAGCAGAAGUACCAGAAGCAGCACCACCACCAGCAACCGCACGUGUUCAUCCAGAAGUACUUUGAAUUCCCGUCUUCGAAGAACCACCAGAAGAACGUGGUAACCGAGUAUCAUGGAACAGGGCACAACGAUACCACGGGUGAUCACCCGCAUACCUUACCGGAACCUCAGGCUUACGCAGCCCCACAGUAUCUACCUCUGCCACAACCCCAAGCGCUCCAGCAGCCUCAGCAACACGCGGUACCGACGGUGUCGGGUCCUACGGCUCAAACGCUCCACCAAGCGACUGGCCACCAGCACAACGUUCCCCAGUACCAUGUAAUGCAGCCGCAUCAUCACCAUAACCAUCACCAUCACCAUCCGGGUGCCCAGAGCUACUGGAAGUUUGGACGUCGCAACCAGGACAUUGUGAAGCCCGUCGUAGAGAACGUGCACGAGCAGGAACCAGCGCCGGAUAGCCAGCAUGCCGCGUCCGGAGCAGUGAUCCGUCAAGUGAAGCACACAACCGUGCUAGCCACGAGUGUCACCACCGAGACUCCAGUCCCAACGAAGGACUCCAAGGAUGCGACGACAGCUCAGGACCGCAUCGACGAACCGGUAGGAACGCAUCAGCAGACGGCAAACUCUACGGCCAGCACGCCGAACUCCGGUCCGACCAGAACUCCGAAGCAGAUUCAGAACAGCUGCGAACGACGCUGCAUCCAGAACACGGUGGCAGUCCAAACCAACGAGCCGGUUUGCGGAACCGACGGCGUUACGUACUCCAAUCGGGGAAAACUUCGCUGCGCCAGAACCUGCGGAAAAGAUGAUCUUGAAAUCCGAGCUUACGGCAAGUGCACACCCGGAAAGGCGUAA